AUGGGGAUUAUCACCUCUCAACUGAUGCGGGUCAUUCGCAAUAAUAGUGAGGUACCCACUAUGAUUGAUCAACUAACCACUAUGGAGGAAAAACUAGUAGCAAGAGGCUAUGACAAAGGAACAGUCAGAAAAGUCAAGGAGGAAUUGUUAAAAGACCCCAAGUGUAAAGGACAUGAUAAGCCUAAAAAGGAUACUGAAAGGCUUAAUUUCGUGACCACUUAUACUCCAACUAGCGACAUACUUAAGAAAUCGGCUCAGAAAAAUUGGCCGAUCCUGGAAACGGAUCCAACUCUCCCCUUUAACAGGAUGCAACCACCGAGGAUGGUGUACCGCAGGGCUGAAAAUUUGCGUGAUGUCCUGGUGAAGACUGAUCCGGUCAGAUGCUACCAGAAGGAUAACUGGCUGAAGACGUCCAAGAAUGGAUGCUACACAUGUGAAACCAUCUCAAGUGUAUUUGUAAAAAACCAAACAUCACUGAGAGAAUUCCAUCUAAAGACAUUUUCAAUUUCGAAAAAAACCUCUCCUCUGGUUUUCACUGGUGUUUUAGUCCUGUAUCUGCUGGCCGUACUGGGAAACCUGGUCAUUAUUGCUCUUGUAUGCCUCGUGUCCCAACUGCAAACUCCCAUGUACUUCUUUCUGAGCAGUCUUUCAGUCCAGGACAUUAUAUACAUCUCUACUAUUUUGCCAAAACUGUUGGCCAUCACAAUAACAGGUGACACCAGUAUCUCGUUCUCAGGUUGUAUUAUACAGGUAUUUGUAUUUAUACUCUGCAUUGAUGCUGAAUUUUUCCUGUUGACUUCCAUGGCGUAUGACCGAUACGUGGCCAUUUGCAUCCCUCUACGCUAUUCUCUCAUUAUGAACAAAAAUGUAUGUGCUCUACUCAUCGCCGUUUGUUGGGUUAUCAGCUUCCUGAAUUCUUUUUUCUUGUGUCUAAUAUUGUCACAUUUAGCAUACUGCAAAGAACAAGAAAUCAACAAUUUCUUCUGUGAUUCAACAAUAUUACUGACGAUCACCUGCAGUGACAUCACCUAUAUUUUCACUUUGUAUAUGCCUAUAGAAUUUAUGUUAUUAGGUUGUUUUCCAUUUGUUCUUAUCAUAGUUUCCUAUAUCUGUAUCAUAUUUACCAUCCUAAAAAUCAGAACCUCAUCAGGAAGACUCAAGACCUUUUCUAGCUGUUCCUCACACCUUACAGUGGUUAUACUUUUCUAUGGAACAUCUCUGGGAUUGAACAUGAAACCUAAGUCAGAAAAUUCACUAGAAAUAGAUAAACUGCUCUCCAUGCUUUAUAUUGGUGUGGUGCCCUUGGUAAAUCCACUGGUAUACAGUUUAAGAAAUAAAGAAGUGUUGCAAGCCAUGAAAAGUUUAUUAAAAAUACAUUUUUAA